CUGAUACAGCCGUCAAAGACGCCAGGACGGAAAGGCAAACCUCCGCCCAUGUCCUGUAGGAACACGUCACCACUGCUGUCCCGCUCUGAGGCGAUGUCUAGCAUGUCCUUGCUGAUGUCCACGCCCACCCAUGCGUGGCCAUGCUCCUCCAGCGCCACUGCAUCCAUCAAUGAUCAAAUGUCAGCUAAGUCAUCGGGUAAGCUCAGGUAGUUCGUAGACAACGGACCUCCACUCAAACCACUUCCACAACCGACGUCUAGAAUGAAUGCUUCCUUGCCCUCUGGCAAGUUGAGCAGCUCGAUGGCGCGGUUCGACAGUUCCUGUUGCACCUUAACGAUGCGUGAGCUCGAAUUGUACUUGGCCGCCUCCUUCUCAUCAUAGAAGAGCUACAGCAACGGGUAAACAAACACAUAAGGUUAGCGGUGAGCAUAAUACAACCUCCUAGCUGUUGGACGAACCUCCGGCGGCGAGAUGUGCUCGGGACGACUCAUGCUGCAUGCAGUGGACGAUGCAACUGCGCCUCCUCCACCAAACCAAUGUCAAAAUUAAGUUGCGUUAAAUGCAGCGACCUUCACGCAACUUUGUCUGAGCACCAUAAGCUAUUUUCAGAUGGGACACCCGCUCUUUUACAUGAAGCGUUCUUAUCGAGCAGCUCAUCUUGCUCUUGCGCUCUCUCCACCUCCGUAUUCGCAUCUAUUCAUCCGGCACAGCCCGAUUGUCUCCAUCUAGUCGAGCUGACGAGGAAUCUCGCAUUGGGAUAUCGAAAUUUCGAUCAAAAUGGCGCAGCAGAAGCCGGACUUGUCCAUGUUUGAUCACAGCAUCGUGAAGGACGGCACUAACAGCGAACUGUCCGCUCCGAGCAUGCUCAGUCCAGUAUCAGGUUUGUCCAGUGACACAUCGUCGUUCUUGUAUGGCGGAGGCUACGCACAUGCACCCAACGCGCGGCCGGCGCCGCCCCACUCAGCGACUUUGCGCACGAAUUUCACGUCAGCAGCCAACGACCAGAGCGGAACGAGACCAGCGUCAACCUUGCCGGCUACUAAAGAAGACGACGCAUCGGAGUCGCCUGAUGCGGCGUUCCGACACUUCAGGACUCCAGCCAACGACCCCGGAAUGCCCUUCUCGGACAUGGUGGUGUCGGCCUCGCCGCUCUAUGGACGAGCAUCCAAGCGCAACAUGAUAUUCAUCGUGCUGGCAAUUGUGGUCGGCAGUAUCGUGGGUGCUCUGCUAAAACACUUUAAGAUUGACACAACAACCGCGGAGUGGAUCAUGACGCCCGGUAACCUCUUCGUCCGGGCAGUACAGUGCGUGGUAGUGCCUAUGGUACUCGUGAACCUUGUGGUGGCUACUGCCGACAUCACGAAUAAAGGACUUGGCAAGCGACUCAGUCUGCGCGUGACUGCACUCUUCUUGGUAUCAAUUAUCGUAGCUAUUUUACAAGGAUUGCUUACGGGUGUCAUCAUGCAUUCGGCCUUCACUUCGUACCAGAAGGACGAGUCGACGUCCAGCACGGACCCUAUCUUCGGCAUUCAAUGCGGUAAUGGCAAGUAUCUGGAGGCAGGGGAUGACGGUACGAUCACCUGCUCGGCGACUGAGAUCUCUGGUUCUUCACAGUUCGCUCUGGACGAUGUAAACGGCGCUCUCGUACGUAAUGAGGCCUUGACGGGAACGAACACCACGCUGUCAAACAAUGUGCUGGCCAUCAUCAACCAGGUUGUACCGAACAAUAUCAUGGCUGCCUUCGUGUCGAACACGUUGCUGAGUAUUGCAGCAUUCUCACUGCCGCUUGGCGUCACACUGGCGUACAGCUUCCACGGCCCAACCAAUCUCAACCCGCUGCUCGAGUUCUUCCGUGAAGUUAACGAGACUCUCGUACACAUGGCCCAUUGGAUACUCCGUUUUACCCCGUUUGCAGUGCUGAGUUUGCUAGCAGGAUCCCUCGCCAAUUCGUUAGAAGACUCAGUCGCGGAUCACCCGCUUAACCUGGUGCUACAAGUGGUGGCAGCAUUGGCCGUCAGUGUGCUGGUACACAUGCUGAUCGUGGUACCAGCUGCGUUCGUGAUAUUCACUCGACGCAAUCCAUUCCGCUUUAUGCGUCAAAUGCUGCCGGCAUACGUGUACAGCCUCGGGUGCUCGUCAUCUAUGGCCACGAUGCCGCUUAGUCUGCAGUGUAUCGAAACGUCUCGGGAAGUCCCGAGUCCCGUGAUGCAUUUCGUCCUGUCUGUGGGCACAUCGCUGCAUAUGCCUGGCACGGCGCUGUAUCUAGCGUUGCUGGUGCACUUUAUGGCUGAUGUAGCUGCUGUGGUGGAGGCACAAUCGAGUACGACGAUGCUAGUGUCUUUCCUUGGUGUCUUGCUGUGCACUAUCACAGCACCGCCAAUCCCUGGAGGUGCGCUUACUGUGCUGACUGCUGCCUGGAACAUCGUCUUCCCUGAGUCUGCCAUUCCGGACAGCUUGUACGCGCUUGUGGUGGCUUCAGAUGUGUUCUUGGAUCGCUUCGUCACGCUCUGCAAUGUCAAUGCACAAGCCAUGCUCUGUCGUGUAUUAGCUGAUCAGGUUGACGAGAAUGAUAAUAGCAACGCUCCACGAGCACAGGUUCAGCAGUACGCUGUACGGUAAUGUAUCUCCUGUACUCCGAAAUGCACACUACAUUGAAGAAAAAAACCGAGUUGUGUUGUGGUCAAAACGUGUAUCAUUGUUACUAUUCCG